AUGAGCAGAACCAAUAACAAAGAGGACAUCACUCUUAUUUGGCUUGACUCCAGGAUGGAUUUCAAUAGUCAUUUAGAAAAAACAAAGAAACAAUUACAUCAAAUCAAUGAUUAUGUUGUGUUUCACAAUGAACUCGAAUGUUGCAUCAGUUUCAUUCAAUCAAUAAAAAACGAAAAAAUUAUUCUCGUCUCUUCAGUCUCUGAUGCAUCACAAAUAUUAUCUCAUAUUGUAAGUCUACCUCAAAUUGACAGCAUCUUUGUCUUCAACUGGGAAAAAGUCGAUCGUGAACACAUACUUCAUAACCAUCCAAAACUUAUCGGUAUCUAUGAUGAAUUCGAUUCAUUAUAUUUAUCCAUUCAAGAGCAAGUCUAUUUUCUUGAUCGAGACUUACAAAUAUUCAGCUUCUUCGAUCAAAGUGAACAUUUAACAAAAGAUCUAUCAAAACAAACUGCUGAUCUUCUUUGGUUUCAACUUUAUCAUGAUGUUCUCUUUGAAUUAACACACAAUGAAGAAGCUAAACAAGAAAUGAUCAAUGCAUGUUGUUUCUAUUAUCGAGACAAUAUCAAAGAAAAAGAAGCAAUUGUGAAGUUUGAAAAUGAAUAUCGAUCAGAAGAAGCUAUUCAAUGGUAUUUGAGAAAAUCAUUUCUUUAUAAGAUCAUCAAAAAAGCAUUAAGAACCAAAGAUUUCGAUCAACUAUUCACAUUUCGGUAUUUUAUGAAAGAUCUAAUAGAAAGUUUUGAUCGAGAACAUCAAAAGAUAGUUCAAUCUGGUAAAGAAAUAUUAUUCGUGUAUCGAGGAAUGAAAUUGACAAGUGAUCAAAUCGAGAAAUUCAAAGAAAACGAAGGUAAACUAGUUUCAAUCAAUGGAUUUUUGACAACAACUACUCUUCGUUCAAUUGCAUUGAAUCAAGCAAUAAGACCUUCAAAGCGAACUGAUCUCGUUUCUGUUCUCCUAGAAAUCCAAUGCAGUCUACAAUACAUGAGCAAUAUUAUCAAUGCUGCUGAUAUUAUUCAAUUCAAUGAAAUUCCAUAUGAAGAGCAAGAAGAUAUUAUCUUCGAUUUAAAUGUCACUCUUCGACUGAAGAGUGUGAGAACAGAAAAGGACAUGUUUUUUAUUGAAAUGAGUGCAUCGAAUGAAGGUCAACAUAUAAAAGAAAAAUAUAUCAAAGACUCACAUCGUCAAAUGAAAGGUCUAAGCAUCAGAAUUCUCUUUGGACGAUUGAUGUGCGAUAUAGGUCAAUGGAAUCAAUCACAACACUUCUUUCAACAUAUCUUGAACGACUCGAAUAACAACAAUGAAGACCUUACAAAGAUUGAAUACAGUCUUGGUGAGGUUCUUCAAUGGAAAGGUGAAUGGAGUGAAGCACGGAGAUAUUAUGAUCGUGCUUAUGAACGGAUCAUGAAUAUGAAACCAACACCUAUCAAGGAUAUAGCUGAUAUACUCUUCAAUAUUGGUGAGAUUCUCUAUUUAGAAGGAAAGUAUGAAGAAGCUUGUGAUUAUUAUGAACGAGCAUUGGCAAUGCGAAAGGAGUAUUAUUCUCCUAUCAAGGUUGAUACACCGAAUUACCAACAUAGUAGUUUACUGAGUCGUGUUUGUGCAUCACUAUGGUCGAUUUUAUUGAAUUCAGGCGGAUUCUUUCAAUUGUAUUAUGGAUGGUUUUGGACUAGGUAUUUCCUGGGAAUUUGUCGUUGGCUCCAUUUGAAAUAUGUGGCAACCACGGCGAAGCAUGGUGAAGAACAUUCAAGCAAAACUCGAUUACAAGAAAUGUGUCGGAGCUUGCAAGAAACCGGUUCGUUGCAAUUGAGCAAGACUAACAUGGAUGGUUAUGUACCUAUCGCUACAAUUUUUCGUAGCUUAGCCAAAAUCCUCUUUCGACAAGCCAAGUAUGAUGAAGCACUUAUUUUUCAUAAGCAAGCAUUGACUUUACUGAAAGAAUACUAUCAAUCUCCUCAUAUCGAGAUAGCUGUUACUCUUAUGCACAUUGGCCAGAUUCUUGCAUUUCAAACACAGUAUGACGAAGCCCUCAAUUUCUGUCAACAAGCAAUGUCAAUCUUUACAUUAUAUUAUCCGAAUGGUCAUGUCUAUAUCGCCUCCACCCACAACCAUAUCGGUUACAUUCUCUAUGCCGAAGGGAAGUAUGAUGAAGCUGUGAAGAUCCACGACCAAGCAUUGGCAAUGCAGCAAAAGUAUUAUCCAUCUGGUCAUAUCGAUAUAGCUUAUAGUCUUUGUUUAAUAGGAAAUGUUCGCUAUAGACAAGGAAAAUAUAAUGAAGCUUUGAUAUUUUACGAACAAGUGCUGGAAAUAUCACAGAAAUAUUGUUUUCCUGGUCAUAACGACAUUAUUUGUACUCUAAAUAACAUUGGCUAUGUACAAAGACAACAAGGAAGGUAUGAUAGAGCUCUUCAUUUACAUCGACGAGCACUAGCACUUCAAGAGAAAUAUUAUCCAUCUUAUUAUGGAAACAUCACCGACACUCUCAAUUACAUCUCCACUGUAUUAGUUUGUCAAUCAAAAUAUGAUGAAGCUCUAUGCUUUUCUCAACGAGCGUUAACGAUGCAAGAGAGCUAUUACCCUUCGGGUCAUGUCUCAGUGGCCUUUAGUCUCAACAACAUUGGCAAUAUACUAUGUCAACAAGGAAAGUACAAUGAUGCUGUUGAUAUUUAUCGACGAGCACUAGCAAAUGUUGAAAAACAUUGUUCAUCUGAUUAUUCUUCCAUUGCUUUUUAUAUGAACAGCAUCGGGAUUAUAUUAGGCAAGCAAGAAAAGUAUGAUGAAGCUCUUGAUUAUCAUCGAAGAGCACUCGAAAUGCAAGAAAAAUAUUGCUCAUCUUGCCAGUGUAAUAUAGCCAAUACUCUCAAUUACAUCGGAAAUGUCCUUAUUGGACAGAAAAAAUAUCAUGAAACUUUGAAGUUUUAUAAGGCUGCACUCGAAAUGCAAGAAAAGUAUUAUCCAAAUGGCCAUGUGGACAUUGCAACAACCCUCAUUAAUAUUGGCAGAGCAUUUCGUCAACAAGAUAAGCUUGAUAAAGCGAUUGAAUAUUAUCAAAAAGCAUUAGAAACUCAAGAGAACUAUUAUCCAUCAGGAAGUGUCAUCAUAGCUGAUACUAUCAAUCGUAUUGGUCACGUUCUGUACAAUGAAACAAAGUAUGAUGCAGCAAUUGACUAUUAUCGACGCGCACUUUCAAUGCAAAACAACUUCUAUCCUGAUGGUCACAUCGAAGCUUCUCAUACAUUCAGCUUCAUUGGUGACACUCUAUAUAAACAAAAGAAGUACGAUGAAGCUCUUCAGGUUUAUCAAAAGGCUUUGGCUAUUCAGGAAAAAUAUGAUGACUUUGCUCAGGUUGACAUCGCGAACAGUCUGAACUCUAUUGGUAAUGUCCUGUAUAGCCAAGAGAAACAUAAUGAAGCUAUUGAUUUCUAUCAACGAUCAUUAGCCAUUCGAGAGAAAUUUCAUCCAUUUGAUCAUGUUGACAUCGUUACCGUUCUUAUAAAUAUUGGGGGUACUCUGUAUGAGCAAAGAAAGUAUGAUGAAGCUCUUGAUUUCUAUCAACGAGCACUAACAGUUCGAGAGAAGUUUGAUACAACUAAUCAUGUUGGUAUUGCUGAUAGCCUGAUACUCAUUGCCAAUGUUCUAAGAGAUCAAGAAAAGUACAAUGAAGCUAUCGAGUUCCAACAACGGGCAUUGAUAAUACGAGAACAUUAUUAUCCUUUUGAUCACAUGAACAUUGCUUAUAGUUUAAGCAACAUCGCUAAUCUUGUGACUCUACAAAGAAAGUAUGAUGAAGCUCUCGACUUCUAUCAACGAGCCCUGGAAAUCUACGAAAAAUAUUACCCAUCGAAUCCUGUUGAUAUUGCUAAUGGUCUCAUCAAUAUUGCUGAUGUCCUGAGAAAACAAGGGAAGUACGUUGAAGCCAUUGAGUUUCAAGAGAGAGUAUUGAAAAUUCGAGAAGAAAAAUAUUCCUCAUGUCACGAGAAAAUUGCGGAGAGUUUGAAUCGCAUCGGUGAGAUUAGAGUAGAUCAAGGAGAAUACAAUCUUGCACUUGACUGUUAUCAACAAGCUCUAACUAUUCUCGAAAGUUGCUAUCCAUCUGGUCAUGUUGAUAUUGCUGACAGUCUGCGACAUAUUGGUAUGACUCUUAAUGUGCAAGCAAAGUAUGAUGAAGCCCUCAAGUUCUGUCAUCGAGCAAUAGUAAUCUAUGAGCAAUAUUAUUCAUCCGGUCAUGUAAACCUUGCUACUUGCCUGACUACUAUUGGUUAUGUAUUGAGUAAUCAAGGUAAAUAUGAUGAAGCUCUCAAUUUUUAUCAUCGAGCACUAGCGUUUUACGAGAAGGACUCAUCAAAUUGUUUAAAUACCACUACUUGUCUGGGCAACAUGGCGCAAAUAUUAAAAAAUCAAAGAAAAUACGAUAAAGCUCUUGACUUUCAGCAACAAGCGUUGAAACUUCUUCGAAGUAAUUCAUCUAACGAUCAAUUAAGAAUUGCUACCACUCUCAAGAACAUCGGUAAUACUCUGUUUGAACAAACGAAAUAUGAUGAAUCUCUCAACUCUUAUCAACAAGCAUUAGUCAUAUUCGAAGAAUAUUAUUCCAAUGAUCAUAGUGAAAUCGCUGAUUGCCUAUACUGGAUCGCUGCUAGCUUCAAUAGGAAAUCCCAGUUCAAUCUUGCUAUUGAAUAUUUGGAAAGAUGUUUAAUAAUUAAAGAAGCCAGCCUGCUUUCAAAAGAUCUCUCUAUUGCAACCUUAUUCGAGUGUUUGUCACAAGUACAAACAAGAAAAGGCGAACAUGAACUCUCUCUUAUAUAUGAACAGAAUUGUUUCUUAAUGCGUCUCAAAGUUCUACCACCAAAUCAUGAGAAUAUUGGCCAUAGCUUAUCGAAGAUAGGUGAGAUUUAUGAAAAACUCAAUAAAUCUAUAUUGGCCCUCAAUCACUAUCAACUAGCAUUAGCUAUCUACAGGAAAUAUCUACCUCCUUGGCAUGAUAAUGUACGAAAGAUGGAAUCGAAUAUUGAGCGACUUUCGGAAGAACUUGAAAUAGAACUCGAUUAA